CCGGAAGUGAGCAAAAGAAGCCAAGAUGGGGACUCGUUUGAAGGUCCUGAGCACGUUUAAAGCGCUGCACAGAACACGGAUGGCUGUAUUCAAAGAUGAUGACAGAGCACUGACAGCUGCAAGAUUAAAAAUCAAUGAGGAGUUCCGGAAAAACAAAAAUGAAACAUCAGAAGAAAACAUUAACAAGAUGAUCAAAAUGGGCUCAGAUGUGGAAAUUGUUCUCCGAGAGUCUGUGCUACAAAUGGAACAUGUUGGAGAUAAGAAACUCUUGCUUCGACCCAGAGAGAGCCAUAUGCUAGAAAAUGUGCCCUAUUGUGACCAGCCCAGGAAGAAGUCAUGAUGGAUGGAUGUUUUUCAUCAAAAAAAGAGACUCACGAUCAUCUGGUACCAUCCAUCCGCAUUUUAAAGAAUUUAACCCAAAACAACAUUUGAGGUUGUUCAAGAUCUCUGGAACUGAGAACAUUUUAAAGAUCAUUGCUGCAUGGAGAGACGCCUUUGUUUGAUUCACUGAAGAUCUCUGCUGUAAACUGGAACCGUCAUUUCAUGUACAGUAUUUUGACAAAUGUAAUAUAAAUGUGUUUUCAUUUGAUUUGGGGGUCUUCUGCCUAGUUGUCAGUAGCUUAUGAUUCAGCUGAACUAGGGGUGAAUGUUACUUUGCUGCUGCUGAAAAUGUUUAAAUGUGCUUUGAUUAAAGGGGAAUAUUCUCACACUG